CUCUCCCGGGGCCGUUUAGGCUAGCAGAGCAGGGACCAGGUUUCCUGACUUCCAGGCCAGUCUUCAGUGCUCGACCUAAUGGCACCUUGUAAGGAAUGGAAAGAGGGUACAUGCCUUUACCUAUUUGGCAGCAGCCUGGGGCUGGGGGGGCUCCUGCUCCUGGCUGUGGUCGUUCUGUCUGCCUGUCUGUGUCGGCUCCAUCGGAAAGUGAGGAGGCUGGAGAGGAGCUGGCACCUUCUACCCCCGCCCCAGGCCCAGCUCUCAGAGCAAGAGCUCCACUACGCAUCUCUGCUGUCCGUGCCUUGCCGUGAGGGGCCUGGCCUCAGCCAAAGGGAAGGCUCCAAGGAGGACCCCAGCAGUGACUAUGCCUGCAUUGCCAAGAACUAAUCCACCUGAGCUCCCCCAAACGCCUUCCCCCAACCCAGGACUGUGGCCCACCCAGUAAAGACCGUGGUCUCACCA